GGUUUUCCUGGCUUGCAGGGCAGCCGUGGCCACACAGGAUCUCCUGGAUCAAUAGGCUCUCUGGGAAAACCUGGACCUGAUGGAGACCCAGGUCCCCUGGGCCCAAAGGGGCUACCUGGGAAGCCUGGCUUGGAGGGGCUACAAGGACCUGUUGGCACCUAUGGCUACCCAGGACCUGCUGGUGACCGUGGGAGGCCGGGACACAGGGGUGACAAGGGAGAAAGGGGAGCCCGAGGUCCUCCAGGAUUUCCAGGAAAAGCUGGUCCCAAGGCCCUGCCAGGUCCCCCUGGUCCCCGAGGUGCUCCUGGCUCCCAGGGCAGAGCAGGAGAACCGGGUCCUCGAGGGCUUCCAGGGCUGCCUGGUGUUCCUGGCACACGGGGACAGGAUGGUGUCCCUGGGAAGCCUGGCUCAGGAGGAGAAAUGGGGGUUCCUGGAGUGGCUGGUGCUUCUGGUCCACCCGGGUACCCGGGUCGGGAAGGCCCAAAUGGACCUGAAGGACCUUCAGGGAUGAGAGGAGAGAAGGGUGGUGCAGGAGAUCCUGGAGAAGUCGGCGUUGGUGGGCUGGAUGGUGAGCAGGGACCACCAGGACCACCAGGAAUGGAGGGUCAGCCAGGGCCCAAGGGUGAGCAGGGAGAGGCAGGACCCUGCGGAGCUCCAGGUGUCAGAGGGGACCUUGGGGAGCCAGGAGAUGAUGGGCCAGAGGGGCCAUCAGGGAGACCUGGGGAGCAUGGAAAGGAGGGUGACACUGGUGAUGCUGGAGACCCAGGUGAGCCAGGACCUCAGGGACAGAAGCAGGGUGAUACUGGCCCCAGGGGCCUUCCUGGAGCACCUGGCCCAGGAGCUUCUACGGGGGAAAUGGGAGGAAAAGGCCAUAAAGGAGAGAAGGGCCAAGAAGGUUUGCUGGGUCAGGUUGGUGUCAUUGGAGCUCUGGGACCUGCUGGAGCCAGAGGACGGUUUGGUGGGAGGGGUCUCCGAGGUCCUCCUGGGCUCGAUGGUCCUGAGGGAGUGAAGGGAGAUCCAGGGCCACGAGGCGUGGAUGGACCUACUGGUGCUGCUGGAUUCGAGGGACUCACUGGAGAUGAUGGAGUCAAGGGAGAGAGUGGCAAACCUGGUCUGAUGGGUGCAGUGGGUGCCCGGGGGCCCAUGGGUGCCCCUGGGCUCCAGGGCUACACUGGGCACGAAGGAGCCAGAGGAGCAGUGGGUGCCAAGGGAGAGCCAGGCCAGCAGGGUCCUCUCGGGCCACCAGGAGAAGCUGGAGCCAUGGGGCUGAGCGGCACCCAGGGCCUGGUGGGUGCAAAAGGGGAACCAGGCAAGCCAGGAAAACCAGGGCAAAUGGGGUCUCCAGGAAAAGCUGGUCCUAAAGGCUGGAAAGGUCGUAAAGGAGAAAAGGGCGAUGUGGGGCGUGAAGGGGAAGAAGGGGUCCCUGGAGAAGCUGGCAGACGGGGCAAGCGAGGCAAGGCGGGCCACCGGCCCCCGAGAGGUCCCCGGGGACACAAGGGCUACCCAGGUGACAAAGGGCUGGAAGGACCUCAGGGCCCCCAAGGACCUUAUGGCAUCCCAGGGCUGAAGGGUGUGAAAGGAAACCCUGGACCCAAAGGACACAAGGGCGAGAAGGGCAGCGUGGGUGACCUGGGCGAGCAAGGGGACGAUGGCUUCAAGGGCAAGCCAGGACCCCAUGGCAUCCCUGGGAGGCCAGGACCCAAGGGACAGCAGGGUGUCACUGGCCCCCCCGGCCCACGGGGACACCCUGGCAUCCCCGGGACACCGGGAUUGUCUGGACCCAAGGGGCUGAAAGGCUUCCCAGGGCUGCCAGGACCCAGGGGCACACCGGGCACACCGGGUCUCGCAGGUCCCCCUGGUCCCCGUGGACCCACGUUGAUGCUGUCCAGGGAGGAGCUGCAGCACCUCAUUUAUCCCUCCAACCACCUGAAUUACACCGCGGUCUGGGCUCUGCUGGACACCCUGAGCCAGGAGCUACAAGCUCUUGUUGAACAUCCCAACGGCACCAAAACCAACCCAGCCACCACCUGCAAGGAGCUGCUGCUGGCUCACCCCAGCCUGCCCAAUGGGCAAUACUACAUUGACCCCAACCAGGGCAGCUACCAGGACGCACUGGUGGCCUUCUGCAACUUCACAGCUGGGGGUGAGACCUGCAUAGCCCCCGUCCACAACCAGGUCCCCAUCAAGGCUUGGCUGAGCACCUACACCUCUGAGGACACCUUUGAGUGGUUCAGCACCCUGCCUGGGGGCUUCCUGCUGGAGUACGGAGGGGCCAGCCCAGUGCAGCUCCGCUUCCUCCGCCUGCACAGCCGCCUGGCCACCCAGAAGGUCUCCUACUCCUGCAGACCAUCCCUGGAGCAGGACCAGCCCCAGCUGGAGAAGGAAAUCCUCUUCCUGGCUGACUCCCGGGAGCAGAGCUAUGCAGCCAGCCUGCGAGGCUGCGUGCUGGACAACGAGUCCUCCAUCACCGACACCAUCUUCCAGUUCACCACGGAGGAGCUCUCCCUGCUGCCCCUGCGGGACCUGGCCGUCUUUCACAACGGUGACACCUCCCACCAGUUUGGUUUCACAGUAGGACCAGUUUGCUUCAGCUGA